AUGUUUGCCAUAUUAGCUGCUAUUAGUAGUAUUCGUGGUCUAAGAGCAAAUCCACGCGAAGCAUUAGUACAUGAAAAUUAUACAUGCAUGGGCAUUCGACGACCGAUAACGCGAAUUUAUAGUGAAACGCUAGAAGAUAAAGCGGCGAGACAUAAAUUAGCCGAUAAAAGGCGUUUGGAACGUAUCCAUCGCCAAAUUAAAUUUGUACGAUUAAUGAAAAAACUGAUGAUUGAAGUUGAACAAAAAGAACGAGAGAUGACGUUGAAUGGUGGUAGUAAUUUGGAUUCAGAACGUUUGAGAGAACAAGUGAAAGUGACUUCAGAAAAAGUGGAGAUGUAUGCAAAAAGAUACAAUGUACCGUUUGAAGACGAUUGGAAUUUAAACAAAGAAGAUGAUAACUAUGAUCGUGAUUUAAAUGCCAUUAUUAGAAAAAAAAUAUUACUGUCAACAUCACUACCAUCCGAUUCGAAUACAUCGAUUAUCUUUGAUACUAUGCCGAAUAAAUAUAACAUUAUGUCGCAAGAAAAGCAAGGAGAAGAUGAGUCAAGAAAAAAUGAAAAUUUCGAUGGAGCAAUGGGUGAUAAUCAGACAGUAUCGACAACAAUGACGAAGAAACCAUUGAUUAUCAACUGA